AGGGCUAAGCACAUUAAGAACCAACCCACCAGAGGAAGACAGACAGGCAGACUGAGAAAGUGGCCAGAUAGAGGACAUUUUCACAAAAGCUCAGAAACAAACAGAAAGGCUCCACACAGUCUUUUUGUUCUCGUUCCGUCCAGACACCUCAGGAUAGUUCAGCUUAUCAGUGACCGGUUGUCAUGGCUACAAUGGGCAGUGUCAAGCUCCUCCUCUGCGUUCUGUUCCUCUGCAGCUCCUGGGAGACCCAGGGCCAGAUUGCAAUGGACUGCUGUCUGUCCGUCAAACACAAUGUGAUCCCGAAACAUAUCGUCAAGAGUUACCAGUCCCAGGUCCGAGGUCAAGGCUGCUCCAUAGACGCUGAGAUCUUCAUUACUGUGAAGGAACGGAAGCUGUGUGCUCCCCCUAACUCCCCCUGGGUCACCGAACUGAAGGAUCACACGGAUCGCCUCAUCAAGAAGUGCCCGGAAAACAAUUUCAAGGGGAAACAAUGUAAGAGGUUCAAACCCAAGAGCUCAUGAGGCUCCUCCACCACCCUCACCAUCAGAACCACAGCAGAACCUGAGAAGAACCUUCCAAGUGAGGGAAAAGAAAGAAAGAAAAAAAAAAGAAGAAAAAUGUGAUUCCUCCUACCACUAAUGCACUUUUUCAAUAUACAUUUUCAUCUUCAGUCUCUAGUCUUUGGCUGAAUUUUACUGAUGUCAGGCGUCAACAGUAUCUUAUCUCUAGAACCAAUAGACAGUCUCAGUGGCACUUUUAUGUGGACUUAUAUUUUUUUAUGAAGUUAUGAAUUAUAUCAUCCCAAAAAAGACUAAAUAAAUUUUGACUCAACAUGUAUACUUACCCUUGAAAGUUCAGUCUGGAAUUUCAUACUGUAAGAAUAUGGCAAACGUUGUUGAAAUGAUCAUGUAACAUGUCCCUAGAACCCAGAGCAGCUUUGAGGUCUUAAUCAGGGGAUAGAAGUCAGGGGAAUGGCAGCUUUUUGUGUUGGGUUUGUAACUAUGUGGAAGGUGGGAAUUUACCAGCAGUAAAUACCACAAAGUACCAGUUAACUUACAUGCAUUAUAUGGCUUUGAACCUGUUGAGAAAUGUCUAUUCACCAGCAAGCCGGGUCAACCAUGAGCUAAAAGCACAGCAAUCAAAUCAGUAAACAAACUAUAAAGUUCCGGAAACCGUGUUAGUAUAUAAUGAUGUAGUUUUUUAUUAAUGUUUGAUUACAUCUCAUUUAACUGAAGCAAAGGUUGCUGUGGGGAUUGGCUUUGUACGUGGCGUCAGAGGUUGGCCUAUGUAGGAGGUACAGGAGACCAUGACAGGCGGUUUCUAUGUCGAUCACUGCCCAAUCAAGGGCUGUUCAAGCACAGUUUUUCAUGUGUGAGCAAUUCCCACGUUCCACUUGGUUACGAAUGCAGCAUUACAACCCAUACUGUAUCUCUAUAAUGUUAAUCUACCCCAUAUAUAUAUUUAAUCUCUUAGAAUAUGUAACCCUAAAAUGUACUUGAUGAAUGCAUAUUUUUUCAUGGACCCUUUGUUUUUAUAAAUAAAAGCCACCAAAUCAAUA